UAAUGUAAUGGAGCGCAGACCGUGCUGGCGUAGGCUGUUUGAUCCGCUCUUGCGGGUAGCGUCGUCGUAGUUUUCGCGGAGAAAUGCCGUGAAAAGUCGAAAGCCAUGGACAGCGACGAAGAGGGGGAGCCAGAUAUGGUCUUGACUGGAUUUUUGUUCGGAAACAUCGACGAACACGGACGACUCGAAAAUGACUUUCUCGAUCCGGAAUCAAAGCGAAAUCUCCACCAGCUCAACCAUCUGGGCAUUGGUAGCAUGUGGAAAGAGAUUACUGAGGGUGCGGAGGCUGACAACUCUCAAGACGGGCGUGACGAGAACGAGGAAGAAAAAGAGAAGUCGGCACAGACCAAUGAAGAAUAUUCAGAAAAAUUGCCCUCAUCAGUAGACUACUUCGAUUUUGAAGAACUGGCAGAUGAUGAUGGUGAUGAGAAGAAAGAGUCCCAACCCAUAUCUGAUGCUCCAUUACCGAGCCCUGAUCUGGCUGAAGAAAGUGACACUUUCGAGGGGGCAUUCCAACGAAUGCUCUAUGCUUGUCAGAGUCAAGAGUCGGACAACGAGAUUGGGGUGAAGCCAGAUGAGGAAGAAGGCUUUAGAGAAGGUUCUCAAGACUCGGAACUAAUGCCACCACCUCCAGUUCCGGCACCCUUACCAGGUUCUCAGCAGGCUGACAAAAGUAGCAAAGGAACAGAGGACACCAAGGAACAAUCUGAGGAUGAUGAGACGUCAGCAGCCCGAAAACGCAACCUCGACACCCCACUGGCAGCUAUGUUGCCAUCAAAAUAUGCAGACUUGGAUGUUACCGAACUCUUCCCAGAGUUUCGGCCUGGCCAAGUACUGCGCUUUUCACGACUGUUUGGCCCAGGGAAGCCAUCGAGCUUGCCACAGAUCUGGCGUGGAGUUCGUAAGCGGAAAAAGAAAAAACAAGGCCCAUUUUCUGACAUAGGUGGAGCAUCACAGGAUGCCAUGAAUGGCCGUGCAGAGGAGUUCGAGUGGUGCUUAGAUGUAGCUUCACCUCCACCUCCAGAUAUGUGUAUGCAAGAUGAUGAGCUGCGAUUGUUGCGGCCCGAAGAAGAGCAGUCGUCGGGCAACAAGAACGAAGCAUCGCGCUCAUCCGACGUGUCUCCACAAGUAGCAGAUUGGAGAUACGGACCGGCUCAGUUGUGGUAUGACAUGUAUGGGAUUCCGGAGACUGGAGACACAUUUGACUACGGCUUCAAAUGCAUAGAGGAAAAUGAUGAUAGGGACCAGUUUCCACACACCAUGCAACUGAAAGAAGUUCAAGACUUUCCCGACGAUGCAUAUCUCAUGGUCUCUCAGCUCCAGUGGGAGGACGAUGUCAUUUGGAAUGGAGACGAUAUCAAGCACAAAGUUCUGGCCAAACUGAACAAUAAGAACAAUGCAGCUGGCUGGGUUCCUUCAAUCCUCAAUCGAACAGCGUCAUCAUUUAGUCAGCAAGCCAAAAGUGUUUCUGGAGCAGCCCUGUUGGGUGCCUCUCAAAAGGGCAUGUCUCAGGGUAUGCUAGCCAAAGCAGGGGCCAAGUCUGGACUUCAGAAGUCCGAACCAGGCGACGACAGAGACGACACGUGGUACUCCAUCUUUCCUGUUGAAAACGAAGAACUCGUUUAUGGCUGCUGGGAAGACGAAGUCAUCUGGGAUGCACAGGCCAUGGUGAAGAAGCCGGAGCCACAGAUUCUGACCUUGGAUCCUAAUGAUGAGAAUAUCAUCUUGGGUGUGCCUGACGAUCCAGACCCGAAUUCACGUGCAAAUGCCGAACCAGUGAAAGAAAAAAAGCUGUUCAAUUCCAUUCGCAAGGAUAUGGUGCGCAAGUCACGGAUCCUCCUGGGAAAAGCGGGCGUCAUCGCCGAGCCUGAACCACCCAGCCCGCCUCCUGUGCAGACAAUGGAGAAGGACCCAUACAACAUAUCCAAUGAUGAGUUCUACAACCCCAAGCUGACACAGGACUCAGCCCUCAAGCCAAACGUGGGUGGCAACCUGAUUCAGCACUCGAUCCCGGCCAUUGAGCUGCGAGCCCCCUUCUUCCCCACCCACAUGGGGCCACUCAAGCUUCGGUCAUUCCACCGACCGACACUGAAACGCUACUCACAUGGUGCCCUGGCACAGCCUGGACCACACGGCGUCAUCCCACUACUCAAGCAUAUCAAGAAGAAAGCCAAGAUGCGAGAACAAGAGCGUCAGGCGUCUGGUGGCGGUGAAAUGUUCUUCAUGCGUACUGCCGAAGACUUGACAGGUCGGGAUGGGGAGGUGAUCCUGUCGGAAUACUCUGAAGAGCAUCCUCCAUUGGUCAUGCAAGUGGGCAUGGCCACCAAGAUUAAGAACUACUACAAAAGGCGACCAGGCAAGGACAGUGGGGCUCCUGAGUACAAGUAUGGCGAGACGGCCUACGCACACACCUCCCCCUUCCUGGGCUCCCUGGCGCCUGGCCAGAGCUUGCAGGCCUUUGAGAACAACCUCUUCCGGGCGCCCAUUUAUGAGCACAACCUGCCAGACUCGGACUUUCUUCUCAUACGUACCAGGCAGCACUACUAUAUCAGGGAAGUGGAGACGAUCUACACAGUUGGCCAGGAGCUACCACUUUUCGAAGUGCCAGGUCCCAACUCAAAGCGAGCAAACAACUUCGUCCGAGACUUUCUGCAGGUAUUUAUCUACAGGUUAUUCUGGAAAAGCACGGACCAUCCGAGGCGCAUCAAAAUGGAAGACAUAAAGAAAGCGUUCCCUUCUCACUCAGAAAGCAGCAUACGUAAGCGGCUCAAGUUGUGCGCAGACUUCAAGAGAACAGGAAUGGAUUCCAACUGGUGGGUUCUCAAGCCGGAGUUCCGGCUUCCCACCGAGGAUGAAAUUCGAGCUAUGGUUUCUCCGGAGCAGUGCUGUGCCUACUACAGCAUGAUCUCUGCCGAGCAGAGGCUCAAGGAUGCUGGUUAUGGGGAGAAGUCUCUGUUCGCACCAGAAGAUGAAAAUGACGAGGAAAUGCAAGUGAAAAUGGACGACGAGGUGAAAGCAGCUCCUUGGAACACGACACGAGCGUUCAUCUCUUCCGUCAAAGGAAAGUGCCUGCUGCAGCUGACUGGCGUAGCUGACCCGACAAGCUGCGGAGAGGGCUUCUCUUAUGUGCGCGUGCCAAACAAACCCCAGCAGUCAAAGGAGGAUGGCGCAAACCAACAGCCAGUUAAGAAGACUGUGACGGGUACCGACGCGGAUCUCCGGCGUUUGUCACUUAGCAAUGCCAAGCAAUUGCUGAGAAAGUUCGGUGUCCCUGAAGACGAGAUCAAGAAACUGUCACGGUGGGAGGUGAUUGACGUUGUGCGGACACUGUCUACAGAACAGGCAAAAGCUGGAGAGGAAGCCAUGAGUAAGUUUGCCCGGGGCAACCGGUUCAGCAUAGCGGAGCACCAAGAACGCUACAAAGAGGAGUGUCAACGCAUCUUCGACCUGCAGAACAGAGUCCUCUCUUCAAAUGAAGUGCUGUCCACGGACGAGGAUUCCAGCUCGGAGGAUGACUCUGACAUUGAGGAGAUGGGAAAGAACAUUGAGAAUAUGCUUUCAAACAAGAAGACAAGCUCACAGCUGUCGCAUGAAAGGGAAGAAGCAGAAAGACGAGAGUUGCAGAAGUUGAUCAUGGGAGAGGAUUCUUGUGCUGGCGACGACAAGAAGAAAAAGGACAAAGAUGGCAAGCAAAAGUCAGACAAAGAUGAUGACAAUGCAUCUAUGGCAAGCUUGCGAUCUAAUGAGAAUGGACGAAUAUUGAAGAUAUUUCGUACUUUCCGAAAUAAUAAAGGACGAGAAUAUGUCCGCAUUGAAACUGUGCGAAAGCCAGCCGUCAUUGACACGUACGUCAGAAUACGUACGACCAAGGAUCCGAACUUCAUACGCCAAUUUGCAUCUACUCUAGAUGAGCACCAGAAGGAGGAGAUUAGGAAGGAGCGAAGAAGAAUUCAAGAGCAACUGCGGCGACUCAAGCGCAAUGCUGAGAAAGAGAAACAUAUUCCUAUGAGAAAAAAACCUAAGAAGGAGCAACCGCAACUAAAGGAUCGUAUGGCAUUACAGAAUGGAGUGGUUACACAAAAGAACAUCAACGUUAAACAAUAUAAACUAAAGUGCGGAGCUUGUGGCGCUAUCGGGCACAUGCGCACCAACAAGGCAUGCCCCCAAUACCAGCCCAUGGCCCCAUUGCCUCCCGUGCAAGUGGCCAUGACAGAGGAGCAAGAGGAAGAGGAGGAGGGCUGUGGACUGCAGGACGACAACCUUGUCAAGGUGGAUGAGACGCGUGUGGUGCUGUCCAAACAACUCAUCAAGCAUGCGGAUGAGAUCCGGCGCAAGUCUCUGGUUCUCAAGUUCCCCAAGGAAGCCAUGGCCCUCAAGAAGCGACGGCGUGCAGGCACUGUGCUACACUGCGACUACCUGCGCAAACCAAACAAGUCAGCCAACCGUCGACGUACCGACCCAGUGGUUACCCUGUCCAUCCUCCUGGAGACCAUACUGAAUGAGAUGCGGGACCUGCCUGAUACGCAGCCGUUCUGGCAUCCUGUCAGUGCAAAGGUAGUGCCAGACUACCACAAGAUCAUCACUGUCCCGAUGGACCUGCAACGUAUACGGGAGAAGGUGCACGAGAAGCGCUACCAGAGUCGAGAAGAGUUCCUCGUUGAUGUCAAUCAGAUUGUGGAGAACAGCACGCUCUACAAUGGCCCCAAGAGUCCGUUGACACAGGCAGCGCAGAGCAUGUUAGAGCUGUGCAUCAAGCGCUUUGCCGAGAAAGAGGACAAGCUGAUGCGUUUGGAAAAAGCCAUCAACCCACUGCUGGAUGAUGAUGACCAGGUGGCCCUGUCCUACAUCCUGGAAGGCAUCGUAACUGACCACCUCAAGAGCAUUCCUGAGUCGUGGCCCUUUCACAAGCCUGUCAACAAGAAGUUUGUAAAGGACUACUACACGGUCAUCAAGAGCCCCAUGGAUCUGGACACCGUCAUCAAGAACAUCAAAGCACACAAGUACCACAGCCGGGAAGAAUUCUUCUCCGAUGUUGAACUGCUGUACCGAAACAGCAUGCAGUUCAACGGUGCUGACAGCCAGUUCACUCAGAAGGCUAAGGAAAUUGUCGACGCUUGUCGUGCUGCCCUUGACGAGCAUGACAGCCAGCUAAGCCAGCUUGAGCAAGCCAUCAAGGUGGCUCAGGAGGCCGCUUUGGAGGCAGCCGACACUGACUCGGUGGCCACAGGAAACUCCUACCCGGCUGAAGACAGUGUGUUGGCUGAAAGUGACAUCGUGCGAGAUGACCUGGAUCCGCAAGCAUAUACCAGCCUUUCCAGACUUUCGUCACGGAAGCACAGCGACAGUGCAGCACCAGAGGACUGUGAAUUUGUGGAUGUGGAAGGAGAUGAGGAGGGCGACACUUCGCUGCUUGAAGAAAGGUGUCCAUCAUCUACAGUUGGGCCAGACAAAAGUGUCUUGGACCAGGACCUGCAAAUCACCCCCGAAAAUAGCGAGCCUGAGGAAGAAGACAUGACUGGGGACUCCGAUGACGAGCAUCCGCAUGUUCUCAUGACAAGGGCCUCUAUGGUGCAGGAACCAGAGGUGAUGGAAGACACCGAGAUGAUAGACGAGAACUAUGACCCAUCUGAGUUCUUGCUUCAAGGCAAGUACCACUUCCAGCAAAUGGAACACGAUGCACCAGCUGCCAUGGAAGCGGAAGGCGAGGACAACCAAAUAGAUGGCAAUACCACUGUACGAAGCAUGGAGACUGGUGAACCAUCUGCAGCCCAGGACAAUGUCAUCAGCACGGACCUGGCCGUUUCAGAGUCUGAGGAGGAAGUAGAAGAUAGGGGGGAUCUAUUAAACCUCGAAGAUGCACCAGAAAAGGAUGAAGAGGACUUGUGGUUUUGAUCAUAUUGUACAUAAAAAUAAACACAUCAUGUUUUAUCUUUUCAUCAGAAAA